GGUCUUCUUGGUGCUAUCUUGUUCUAAUAAGAACCCAACUCAGCCGCAACCUAGCAAAACCACGUUAUUCUUUGCCCGUCUAUUGGGAUUCUUUCAGUUAGAAACGCUGAGAGUCAGCCUGCCAACCAUGAUAGUUGGUACUUACGACAACGAGCCGUCUCCAUAUCGCAUCAGUGCAGUACUGGUCAUUCAGUCACACGCUCCUCCUCCACUCCACAGAAAUGAAAUAUUUAUGCAAGACAAGCUGGAUCGUUCGCUUUCCCCCCUAGAGCUAUGUCUCCAGAACCCCCCUCUGCCAGGCUCUGAUGGUCUCAGCUUUGUUAAUAUCCAGUUGACUGAGGAACUGCAAACUGGCUUCCAUACAAGGUCCCAGGCAUUUUUUGUAAGAUGUGUGGAUAAAUUUCAUCCUUCAGGUCUACUGACAGAUCACGACAUGAUCGCCAAGUUCUAUGACCCUCUCUACCACGACCGUGACGAUGGCAGCCCUUUUCGGGCAGCUGACUAUGAUUACUCGCACGAGUGUGCCUCUUAUAAGCGUUUGUCCGAGCUACAGGGCACUGUUCUUCCCCGAUUCUUCGGCUCUUACACAUUCGCAACAAAGAUCGAUGGUCAUUCUCGCCAAAUUCGCUUUGAUCUUAAGCCCAAAAUAUUCUCAACAGAGGAGCGCCAGAAUAUCAUGAAACAGAUCUUUCAUGGAGAGUCUGCACUCUAUGCCAAGGACGCUCGCCAUGAAAACUUAUGUCCUUGCAAUAUCUUGAUUAAACAGAGUAAACUGGGAAGAGUAAGGGCCGUCAUUAUUGAUUUGGGAAAGUCUGUUAUUGGGCGAUCACGCAAUCCUUCAAACAGCGCAGAAGUGAGCGAAUGGUUUCUUGGCGUCCCGAUUAGUCCACUACUUCGAUGGAACAUUUAUUAUGGAAAUCCUAACAGCUUUGAAGAUUGGAUCGACUGGCCGUGGCGGAAAUGGCUUGAGGUUCAAUACAAGGAGACUGAAUCUACGAUCACAGAUGAGCAACGGCAGAGGUGGCCACAGCCCAAACCUACUACCUACCCAAUCCAACCUUAUUAG